UGGGGCCACAUUUGGCCACAACAUCUUGAAUUCGGGCCAUUUCUUGCAAUACGGCUGCUGUGUCAUCAUCCCUGCUGCCUGCUCAUUAAGCCUGAAAUCAAGCAGCUCGUUAAGCCCACGAGGGCAGGGGUGCCAGCCCCUACCCGGGGGUGAAACACCGGAGCAGGGUCUGCCCCUGGGUACUCACCUCUACUUCUGGUUUGCCAGCACAGGGGAUGUUUGCAGCAGCGUUGCUGUCUCCAGAUGCCUGCAGAAGCCUGUGCUGAAAACAGCUCCUGGCUUGGACUCUGGCGAGGGAAGAUUUUGCUGCUUCCAGGGGUUUGUUGCAGGGAUGUGAUGCAAAGACGCGCUGGAACAUCCUGACUUGGUGCCGCCGCAGCGGGAGACCCGUGGGAAAAGACAGGGAGCAUCUUCUCUUGGCCUUAGGGCAUGCGUGUGCCAGGGAAUGAGUGACAAGCAGCUCCCCACAGCUCCCGGCCACCCCACCAGCGAUGGGGACACCAACACCUCAGCCCCCAGCUGCCCUGAGCACUGGGUUGAGCCCCAGUUCACCCCAGCAGCGAGGGUCCGUGUGGUGGUCACAGCUGUCUUCUUCCUGCUGGCGGCGGGCAGCAACGCGGCCGUGCUGGGCAGCCUGCUGAAGAAGAGGAGGAAAUCCCACGUGCGGCCGCUGAUCCUCAGCCUGGCACUGGCCGACCUGCUGGUGACGCUGGUGGUGAUGCCCCUGGACGCGGCGUGGAACGUGACGGUGCAGUGGUACGGAGGGGACAUCUCCUGCAAGGUCCUCAACUUCCUCAAGCUCUUCGCCAUGUACGCGGCUGCCCUGGUGCUGGUGGUCAUCAGCCUGGACCGGCAGGCGGCCGUGCUCCGUCCCUUCUCCCGCGCUCGCCGCCGCAACGGGCUGCUCCUCCGUGCUGCCUGGGCUGGCAGCCUGCUCCUGGCUUUGCCACAGCUUUUCCUCUUCCACCUGCGCACAGUUCCAGGAGGGAACUUCACCCAGUGUGUUACUCAUGGGAGCUUCCGAGCGCACUGGGAGGAAACUGUCUACAACAUGUUCACCUUCACCACCCUCUACAUCACCCCCCUGAGUGUCAUGAUCGUUUGCUACAUCCGGAUUGUUUGGGAGAUCAGUAAGCAGCUGAAGAUCAACAAAGGUUUGAUGAGAAGUCAAAAUGACCACAUCUCCAAGGCCCGCAUGAAGACUCUCAAGAUGACCAUAGUGAUUGUUGCCACCUUCAUCAUAUGCUGGACCCCAUACUACCUCCUGGGCUUGUGGUACUGGUUCCAGCCAGCCAUGAUCCAGAAGAUGCCAGAGUAUGUCAACCACAGCUUCUUUCUCUUUGGCUUGCUGCACACGUGCACUGACCCCAUCAUCUAUGGACUGUACACCCCCUCCUUCAGGGAGGACGUGCAGUUGUGUCUCAGGGGCAUUGAAACAGCCAUUAGCAGGCACGAGAGACAUCAGCCUGUCUCAGUUUCAGAGAAGAACAUCAAAGAUGGUGUUGUAAAUGGUGGGGUGGCAUCAGGGUGCUCCAAUGGGACAACUGCCAACACGGUCUGCUGAAGGGGAUGGGAGGCACAGCUUUGGGGGCUGCUUUGUUCCAUUGGAGCAGUCUGGAAACUGCCGUAAGGAGGUUUGCCACCCAGCUUUGAUGGGUCAGGGUCUCUGGCCUCAAACCAGGAAAGUGUCUCCUGCCUGCACUCAGGGUGAAAAACACUUGGGGGUAUUAUGG